GCUGUUCCCAAUGUGCUUUUACGUCACAAUUUGAAAGCGCAUUGAUAAUGCAUAGGCAACUGCACCACGGGACGAAGGACACCUGUGCUGACAUCCUCAAGUCAACUAAAGCGUUACCGGAGAAACCACUGCCGGUACCAAGAAGUACUGCGCUAAGUCCAACUUACUCCCACAAGAGUAAAGGAAGCAAGCUGCUAGGUCGGACAUCAUCAGCGACGCGUCUCUUCGACAAGCUGCGUGCGCGCAUAUGUCGCAGUAGGACGCUGUUCUCUCAUCCCGAGGAGAACCUGGAUGCUACUAUAGCUGAUAAUAAUGGUGAUGUUAAUGAGACAGUGAUAGGCAGUGACUGCACCUCAAAAGGUUUGAAAGCCCUCACGUCUUCUCCCGACUCCCGAACUUCUGAAAUAACGGUCAGGGAGACGAAGGAAACCUUUGCAUGCCAUUUAUGCUCGUUUGAUGCUGACAGAAUAACGGUCUUAGAUAGGCAUCUUCUAAACGACCACAAAAUUGGUUUAGAAAACCUACUAAAAUUAGUUAUGGCGAAAACCAAAGAUGGCUUAUCAGAGGAAAUUGUCAACACCGCAAUAUAUGGGAUAAGACAACCAUACUAUAAACCACCAGAUGAAAUAAUUGAAGACGGAGAAUUUGUCAUUGAGACGGUGACACCGAAAAUUAAAAUUCUGAAACAUGCGUCCACAAAUACGGAUAUACAAUGGUCUGAUAUACCCGAUUUGAAAGAUAAUUGUCGAAUGAUAUCCAAAGAAUUGGAGAAAUUAAUGAAUUAUCCAAUUGAGAAUUAUGACAAAGAUGAUUUUAUGACUAAGAUGCAGACUCUAAACGAUUGUAUGUGCAAAUUCGUCGAUUCUUCUAAUACUCUUAAAAAGAUUUUAACUAAAGAGUUUGAUACGAAGCAUUCGGUGCGUGAUCAUCUGAACUUGGAUCAACCGUUCUAUGACUUGUGUUUGGGGGAUAGAAAUACGUCGCGAGUGUGGGAGCGAGCCCACAGCGAACAAAUGGAUAGAAACAGGAAUAAGUAUGGUGAAAACAGGAGACACCGGGACUCAUAUGUCUCCUUCUCGUGCGCGCAUGCUGCUCAUGAAUAUGAAUCCCGGUGCGACUUGAGACUAAUACGAGCUUUUCUCGAAUAA